AUGCUGUCUUUGCAAGAAGCCUCCAAAAUCUACCAUGACAACUACAUGCGCAACUCCAGGGCCAUCGGGGUCCUGUGGGCCAUAUUCACCAUCUGCUUGGCCAUCAUCAACGUGGUGGUCUUCAUCCAGCCUUACUGGAUCGGAGACAGCGUCAACACCCCCCAAGCCGGCUACUUCGGCUUGUUCCACUACUGUGUGGGCAACGGGAACUCCGACCGGGAGUUCUUGUGCCAGGGCAGCUUCUCCGACUUCGCCUCCAUCCCGUCGGGAGCCUUCAAGGCGGCCUCCUUCUUCGUGCUGAUGGCCAUGGUGCUCAUCAUCACCUGCAUCGCCUGCUUCGCCCUCUUCUUCUUCUGUAACACCGCCACGGUCUACAAAACGUGCGCCUGGAUGCAGCUGCUAUGCGCCGUGUGUCUGGUGCUCGGCUGUAUCAUCUUCCCCAACGGUUGGGACUCUGAGGUGAUUCGGGACAUGUGCGGCGAGGACACAGGGAAGUACACGCUGGGUAACUGCUCAGUGCGCUGGGCCUACAUACUGGCUAUCAUUGGCAUCUUGGACUCGCUCAUCCUCUCCUUCCUCGCCUUCGUGCUUGGCAACCGGCAGAGCGACGUCCUGCAGGAGGAGCUGAAGGCCGAGAAUAAAGAUUUUGCAGUGUCUAGGCUCCAUCUUGGCUCGUCUCUACGAAUGGACGGAAUUGAAAUCCGGGACACCAAGGAUCCAAGAUUUGCCGUCCAGCGGUUCCACUGA